UCGCCGGUUUCCUAACUGCUAAUAUUUUUCAAUCUCUACUUAUCGUUAUUAAUUGAGAUAGAUUUUUACUUUCCUUAUCGUUAUCAAGUUGAUAAGUUUUAACAGAAUUCUAUUUAUAAUUUGAUACGUCACGUUUAAGAUACAAAAAACUUUGAGAGAAGUGUAUAUAUUUUAUAAAAUACAUCUCGAAAAAUAUUUACAUCGCAUAUCGCAUACUAGAAUAUGCGAGAGAAUUAUAAACAAAAAUUGCAUUUCAUAAAAUCAUACAAAACACAUAAAACUACAAAAAUGUACAUUAUUGAAACAUAGUUUUCUAUUAAUACACACACACACACAUAACAGUGAAAAAUAUGAUUAUGAGGUAUAAGAUUAUACCUGGUAAAAAAAACUGGUAAAAAACGGAUUUUUGUUUCAGAUUAUUGAAACAUAGUUUUCUAUUAAUACACACACACACACACAUAACAGUGAAAAAUAUGAUUAUUUAUGAAGUAUAAGAUUAUACCUAGUAAAAAAAACUGGAGAGGCCAGGUAUCGUAGCUGGGCUGGAGAAGCCGAAUCCAGGCAAGGAAGGUGCUAUCACUUCAAAUACAAAAUCAUACUCCGCUUUCGGUGUCGUCAACAAAGGCUUAUAUAAUACUGAUCAGGAACAGAACGAUUGAAGCCGCAAAUUCGGCGGGACAUCAGCUUUGUACACAAUAACAAUAGAUGACAUAGAGGGCCAAAUCUUGACUCAGGUAUCGGCUGUUGGCUAAAAAAAAUUUGGGACUGAAUCAGUUAGCUUCCAAAUCGGAUUGCGAAACGGAAAAGCGACUUAUCCUUGUCCAAACCUUGAGAAAAUCUGGCUUAUGGAACGAACCUUCGCAUCAUUUCAAGAUCCAUGGCAAAAUGAAGAGUGCAAACGGGACGUAGAAGCAAAAUUUAAUACGAGCAUGUUUAAGGAUAAGAUAGUUGAUUGGUAUCGCGAUACUAACAAUAGCAAUCGAAUUAAAACAAAGUGCAAAGUACAAAAUUACAAGUGUUGUCUUUCAAAGUUUUUUUUACAAGAAAUUGUUAAGUCAUUUGCUCAUUAUAAUGCAAAAAGUGUGGAUUAUCAUCUUUAUUAUCUUAAGAAUAUUUCCUGAUAUUAUAAGACUGAGAAGUGUGAAAACAUUACCAACAAAUAGUACAAAAUGCAAUACAGUAUUAAAUAUAUGUGAUAUGGAAUUAUUAAGUACUAUCUACAAUAGAGAAAAUGUUACAGAAUUAAAUAUCGCAACCGAUACGGAAAGUAUUAUAGAAUUAAACACCGCAAAUAAUACGAAAAAUUCUACAGAAUUAAAAACCGUACAGAAUAUGAUGUUAUUAAAUGUUACAAGUAUAGAGCAUGAAAAUGACACUCAUCAUAUUCUACUGAAACAAUAUAUCACCAGACAAGAUUUAUAUAAAAUAUGGAAAAAACAUACUACAUUUGUAACACAAGCUAUAAUACAGAACAUAAUAAUAGCAGUCAUACUAUUAAUCGUCAUCAUUGUGGGUGUUAACCAUAAAUAUGUGAAAACCAACUUACUGUACCCUCCCUUUCGUGCCAUAUAUAAAUACUAUCGACAGAUAUGUCUUCGUCAACAUUUGUAUAUAAUGACACCAAAUGACAUUGAAGUGGGUAGUAUUUGGGAUGCUAGACAGGCAUACAAUCAAAUGCUCGCAAGACGCAGAAAACGGCAAGCAUUGAGAACGAUACUUUAUUAUACUGUAACUCAAGAAUCUGAGGAUGAAGAAAAUACGUUUAAUCGCAAUCGCCAACGUCAAACCGUAUGAUUAUAUGACAGUACUUUUUCUCAUACCAUUUCUAUUUAUAUAUAUUAUAUUUUGUAUAUAUAUAGAUUGACUUUUUGUA